CGACUACUCCGCCAAGACCGACUCCAUCCCGGGGGGGCUCCGCCGGUACAACAACAACCGAGUCCUACGCGCCGCCGCCGUGCAGGGCCUCAGCCGCAUCUCGUCCGCCUUUCUCUUCCAGUACCAGCCGCCGCUCGACCUGCAGUGGGGCCUGCCGCCCCGCCUCGCAAACGUCGGCCCGCGCUCGAUUAUCACGCGCGCAUGCCAGGGCUUCCUCCAAAAGGUGGCCUUCCCGCUGCAGUUCGAGUUCCUCUUCUCCUUCCCUGGCGAGAUCAACCCCGAGAUCUUCGCCGAGGGGACGCCUGGCGACUUUGGCACUUGGCAGGCGGCGGAGACGGCCAGCGCCGCAGGCCGGCCGGCGGAGGGGCCUCGGCAACGGGGCCAGCCGGAGCGGGAGCUAAUCUCCAAGGAGAAGAGUUUGGGCGAGUGGCUCUCGCAGUACUGGUAGUACUCGUAGCGCGCACGCCGCGGCCGGACGACUCGCCGUUGGGGGGGCAUGGGAGGGGCUGUGUCGCUUGUCGCACUCUCGUUCUUGUCUGUGAAAGCAGUGUGGCCCGGGAGGGGGUU